AUGACGGCGCCGACCCCCGAGGAGAUGGCCCGCGCUCAAUCCGCCACCGACGCCGACGCGCUCUCGCGGUUCCUUCGCGGCCCCGUCGAGGGCGCGCCGCCCGUCGAGGCCCUCGCGUCGACCGCCGCCCACAAGACAUCGAGCGUCAUGCCUCCCUCGGACGACCCGGCCAACGUGCAACGCCGGCGAUGGGGCACCGCCGCGGCCAUCGAGUCGUCCCCGCGGCAGCAGCAGCAGGAGCCCACCGGCGGCGCGAGCUGGUGGCAGAAGACCAGCUGGUUCGCGGGCGCAAACGCGGACGUCGCGCCGGUGCUCGCCGAUCCCACGGGGGCGGACGGCGGCACCCCGUCGCACGGCGGCAUCGUCGCGGGCGCGGUGCAGAACCGGUUCACGGGCCCGGGCCAACGCGAGCCCCACGCGCCGGUCACGCCCCAGAGCGUGCGGCUGUGGCAGAACGCCGCCGCCGUGGAGGACCCGGGCGAGUGCCACGGCGGACACAACGCGUCCAACGGGGGGGCGUAUCGCCCGGUGGGGGGCGCCAUGGCGCACAGCAGGCUCUCGCUGCAACCCAGGCGAGUUCGCGGACCGACGUGCGCGGAUGACUUCGAGAGGGUUCAUUCCGAAUCGGAAGCCACCGCGCCGGAGGGACAUCGCCACGCGAGGGACAGGAGGGACAGGAAGAGGUACGAGUACGACUGGUCGCGGGGAGUUUGGGCGGUGGAGGGAAGCGGCGACGUCGUCGUCGGCGCCCGGCUCGACCCCGGCUCUCCACCCCAUUUGGCGGAUGGGGAUGAGGAUGAGGGGCGGGGAGACCCCCCCUCCGAUGAGGACGUCGUCGUCGCCGAGGAGGUCAGCGAGGAGACGCUCAGGAUCAUGGAGACCACGCGGGGGCUGCGGCUCGAUCGUUUCGCGGACGCGCACGACGCGGCGACGCGAAGAGCCGCGGAGCGCCGCCGCCAGCUGGCCAUCGCCAACAAAAAAGGGACGGCCGAGUUGAAACGCGUCGCGUCCGCCGUGCCCCUCGCGCCGCGCGACGGCACCCUUCGGCACCCGUCGACGGCACCCCCCCCACCCGGCGGCGAGGGCGACUACGCGUUUCACCACGAGACGGUGAGGGACGACGAGGAGCAGUGGCGGAUGCUUCGACUUCGAACGGGCGAGACGGUGUAUUUCGGUGCUCCGGAUACGUUGCCGGAGACUGUCGCGGCGUGGCUCGACGGGACCAAGCCGUGGCCGGAGAUACGCGCGAUGGAGCUGAGCAUCGCGGCGAGGCGAGCGUUGUCCGUGCCCCCGGGCGCGCCGGGACCCGUGGUGUCCGAAGCUCUCGCGGAGGCGGCUAAGGCGGAGUUGCGAAUGGUUGCCGAGGAGGACGCCGCCGCCGCCGCCGCCGAGGAAGCUUCGAAGGAUGGAGGCGUCACGGGCGUCACCUCUAAAGGGAACGCCGCGGUGAAGCUGGCGCCCGGGAGCACCGCCACGCCGCAGCAGGCGAACAUCAUCGAGCAACUCGUCAACGCCACGGGCGCCUCGGCGAGGGCUCUGGAGGAUGCGGCGGCGGCGGGUGGCGAGAACAACGCCGGCGGCCGCUCGAUACAGGCGGAUAAGGAGACCGAGGCGCUGAAGACGCGCCUGAGGGAGGCGAUCAAGGAGAAGCACGACGUGGCGGUGCGCGCGAGGGAGGCGACGGAGCGGGUGGCGGUGCUGGAGCGCGCGCUGCGCGCCGCGGGGGUGGCUGUCCCUUGA